GGGGCGGGCGCGCGGCCGCGGAGGCCGCAGGGGGGCGCCCCUCGUCACGACCCCAAGGCGGGCGCGCGCCCCUCCAGCCGGGCCCGCGCGGGGGCUAAGGGGCCAUCCGCGGACCCGCGCGCCUCCAUCGCGUCGCCAGACUUGGUCCCUGACGUCUUCUCACUGCGGGUGAAACUGGAGGAGACUGGGGAGCUGUUCCGCGUGGCCAACUGCCGCAGCGACAUGACAGUGCGGGAGCUCAAAGAGGAGCUGGACCUGAUGGUCGGCAUCCCCUUCAACCUACAGCGGCUGCACUUCCUGGAUCAAGGGAUUUUGAUGGAUGACGCCAUCCUGAAGUUCUACGAUGUCAUCCCCGGAGCCGUCAUCUCGUUGUGUAUCUGGCAUUAUGAUGGUUGGACAGAACUGGUUUUGGCAGCCGUGGAAGGGGACCCCAGUAAGCUGUCGUGUCUUGGCAUCAGCGAGGACACCUUCUACCGAACGGCGAACUCGCAGCACUUUAAGGGUGAGCAGUGGAAGCAGUGGACCACCCACAGGGCGUUUGUGGCCUUGUACAUCACUGCUCACAGAGGUCACGUGGAUGCCGUGAAGUAUCUUCUAGAACUUGGAGCCGACUGCCUGGGCAAAUCGCCCCUGGGCAGGACGCCCUUGCAUGUGGUUGCAGCCAUGGGCAGGACAGACUGCAUCAGGCCUUUGCUGGAACAUGGCGCCUCCAUCCACGACAGAGACGCCAAGGGGGACUCGCCCGUCACCAUCGCACGGCGCCUGAACCGCAUGCAUUUUGAGCGCAAGAUGUUCCUGCUCUACUGGAUGAUCAAGUCCGGGACCAAGGACCCCGAUGACUUGACAGUGAAGGAGGCUCCAAAGAAGCCCAGCCCUGAGUCUGUGUCAAAGAAGAUCUUAGCGCUAUCUCCCUGAGCACUGCCUGCCCAUCACCCUGCUCUGGGGUAACCUUGCAGCUCCCGCAGUGGCCCCCAUGGCACUCAUUAGGACACAAAAGGAAGGGACGGAUCUGAAUCAGUCACCAAAUUGGUUGUCCUUUUACCAGUGUGUCUGGGAGGGUAUAAUGGAGUGGGUGAGCUCACCUCUUUUGUAAUCCAUUCUGUCCCCACCAGGCCGACAAUGCCAGCCUUUAAUUUUAAGCUCUUUGUAUGUGGCACCCAAUCACACCGUUUGGGGUGAUGGUAGCCAAUUAUCUCUCCCCUUUGAGGCCAUCUAAUGCACCAGCAUAAUAGGAGUAAUAGCAGGAAUGAUAAUAGCACCCCUGUUAUCGAGCAGAGAGAGCACUGGCCGACGUCAGGAGGUCGUGUGCAGCGUAGGUUGUGAAUUUGUUUGUCGAGCCUAGGCAGCUAACCAUUUCCGUGGCCAGGAAUGACACAGCUUUAGCCUGAGCCAGCUCUGAGGGGUCUGCUGUGUGAGCAUGGGGCGGAAGAGAGACUGGGAGUGGGGCUUGUGAGCCUCCAAAAGUGGUCUUCCAAGGGGCUGUGUUCUUGUCCUUGUGGCAAGGACACAUGUGGCCUUAGGGGUGGAGGAAAAAAAAAACCCAAGAGACAAGAAGGACAGCUAGGCUGUCGGCCUCUUCCUGUGGCCCCAACCUAGUGGUCCCCACAGGCCUCCAUGCCCCUUCACACUUUCCCAAGCACCCCCUUUCCCUGGGAGCUAAUUAGCUCAGAGUGCCUGUUGUUGGAUCCGCCUCAGACUAUCUAUACCUUAGACCCUGCAGUGGGGGUGAGUGAACCAAGUGCAGACUACCAGCAAAGAAGCCAACAGUGAGGCCAAAUGCCCACGAAAGGGCAUGGGGAUCCAGCUCCAACAGAAAGGCAAGGCAGAAGUUGCUAGGUUGUUCUAGAAUGUUCCAGAGCUAAAACCUGACUCUCGUGAUAGUUUAACUCCUGGUUUUAAAAAUAUUGCCUUGAAAUUCUGAAGACGUAGCAAGGUGUGAAAAGCAUGCCCGAGGGACAGUUGCUUGCUGCUCAACUGUUGUUUCACUGAGAAAGUGCUAGGAAGAACCUGAAUCCCAUUAGGAUGAUCCCCAGUUCUACAACUGCCGUCUGGGGACAGCCACAGACCUUCUAGUGACACAUAAUGUCCACCUUGUUACUCCCGGUGGGCCAUAUGUUUCCCUGAACCCCUGAGCCACAGCACAAGUUCUGGAGUCCAUGUAUCUGUCAAAGGUCUCUUGGCCACUCAUCAAGUUGCAUGAGGUGGAAUCGGGCAAGAGUGACGUUGCACCCUGGCUGCCCUUCCUUGCAAUGUCCCAACAGCUAGGCCUCACUUCAAAAUUAACGGCCUGUGUUUCCUGGUGUCACAAGACCUUUGUUGACAAUGGUCUUACACCAGCCGACGUGGCUGUGCCUGGCCUCAGCCAUCUGUUUGACAAACAAGAGUCAGAAAAGCACAUCUCAGCAUCAAGAAUGUCAAACUGAGAUCUUAUUUUUGGCAGGCAUGCUCCAAAGUCAAUAGGCAGAUAUUAAACAACCCCCCCACCCAUUGGGUCGGGUCACUUAGCUAAUGAGGCGCAUGGAGGGGGGUGACCUUAUGGGUACCUUUUUAACUUAACAAGCAGAGUCCCUCCAAGUAUUGUGUUUGCCAGGAGCUUGCUAAGCAGUCUUUGUUAUUGGAAGAGCCAAUGGACUGGCAUGAGGACCCAUACUUUUGGGGACAAGCACUCCAUUUACCCCAAUUCAAUUAAACACUUGGCUAGA